GAGAGGGGGUGUUUUCUCGGUUUGAGAGGGUGUUGCUCUUUGGGCCCCUGUCGCCGGCCUCUAAAAGCUGCUCCCGAGCCUAAGAAAUAUAGUUUUUAGUGACUAAGAGAGGAGGAAGAAACGGAUAACAUCACGAACUCGAUCUUACCAAAAGCACGUGACGUUAUGGCCAAGAGGAGGUCCUGGUUCAGUUGGAUUAGAAAGCUCUUCACUUGCGAAGCAAAAGCAAAACCGGAUAAGAAACCGAGGAGGCUGAGAUGGGUGUUCAGGAAGAUGAAGCUGAGACAAAAGCCUGCAACUGCAGUGGUACCAACAGCGCAAGAGACAAGAACUACAUUGGAUGAAGCGGCAGAGGAGCAGAGAAAACAUGCCUUGAACGUGGCCAUUGCCACGGCUGCAGCCGCAGAGGCCGCGGUUGCAGCUGCUAAGGCGGCUGCUGAGGUUGUCCGGUUGGCAGGUAACGCCUUCAUGUCUCAACAUUACUCCAAGAAGCCUGACCCGAACUCGGCUGCCAUCAAGAUUCAGAGCGCCUUCCGGGCUUAUCUGGCCAGGAAAGCAUUAAGAGCAUUGAAGGCACUGGUGAGGCUUCAAGCAAUAGUGCGUGGCCGGUCAGUGAGACGAAGAGUGUCUUCCGAGCUGAAAUCUUUGCCCUCCAGUUCAAAGUCGCAGCCCGAGGCCCGGGUAGAGGAUAUUCUUACUGUUGGUGCCGUUCAGAGGUACACCGAGAGAAAGCACUGGACAAAGCCGAGAUGGGAGAUCAAACAUGAACUAAAUUUGGAAAGCAGCGGUCAGAACGGCUGGGACUGCAGUUCACUUACAAAGGAAGACAUCAAAGCCAUAUGGUUGAGGAAGCACGAGGGAAUGAUCAAGCGUGAGCGUAUGCUAAAAUACUCCCGCUCUCACCGGGAGAGAAGAACUCCUAAUAUGAUAGUGGAGUCGAUAUACACAAAGGAGAUCGGGGUCGGGAUGAGGAGCUGUCGGAUAGAGCACUGGGGGGAAUCAAGAACUGCAAAACAGAUGAACUCGGUUCUUGGUUCGAGCCAAACAAGGGUUCCGUCGAAAGUAAAGCUCAAGACUUUGUUAGGGCAAGACUCCAUUGAUGGGAAUGAUUCCGCAUUUUCUUUCCCGCGGAGAUCUUUCAGCCGAACGGAUCAGAAGGAUCCGGUGGAAGACGACUGCUGUUGGGUUUUGAAAUCCGAAACAGAGACUGCAAAGAGAAAUAUCAGAUCCAUGAGCACGCCAAGGCAACGUGUAGGGUUCAUGGAUUACUGGUUUGAUAACAAAUAAGAAUGGUUUUUUUUUUGGGUCUGGAAAGAUGAACCUCGCCAUUGUUGAUUGAAUCUCGAGUCUUGUCUUGUUAAUAUCUUGAAGCUUUUUCAUCUCUUCUUCUUCUU